AUGAGACUCAUUGUAUAGCAAUAUUAUGGUUUUGGUUAGAAAAAAACCUUUAAGAUUGAAAUUAAUGACGAAGACUCAUCAGACUAACUGAUUUCUUUAAUCGCCUCUAAAGUUGGGCGUUUAGUAUAGGAAUUAGUCAUAAAGUGUAAAAGAGAUUAGUAUUCUGUAAAAAUUACGUAAUAUAUUAGAUAAAAAUAAUAGAGGGUUGGCCCAUAGAAUUUUAUGAAUUACAAGAAAAUUAGAAUAUUUUGGUUGAAGUAAGGGAAAAUGAGUUAGAUACAAAAUAAAAGGAAUAAAAGAGAUAAACUGAAAAAUACUUGAACAAAUUAUUCAUAAACCAAAGAGAAAAACCUUAAAAACUAUCAGAAGUAUCUGAAACUAGUGAAAAUUCAGAUGAUGAAGGCAAUUCCUCAAAAUAAAAAUCUUCAAAUACAAAUGUUGAACCUAUAUAAUCUGAUUAUGAAGAUAAAAUAUUUUAAACAGUGAAAAGUGGAAAUUUAGAUAUGCUACAAUAACUUUGCUAAAAAAUAACUCCUUCUUUAUUAAAUCAAGCAACUUUUGGAGGGUGGAAUCCAAUUCAUUUUGCAACUUUUUUGGAAUAUAAAUUAAUUGUAGAGUUUUUGAUUUCCAAAGAUAUUGAUAUAAACAAGGUAACUGAGGAAGGAUGGACUCCAUUAUAGAUAGCAGUACAUCGUCACAAUAUUGAAAUUGUAAAAGUAAUCUUGAAUCAUCCUCAAAUUGAUGUGAAUUUGAUAACAGACAAAGGAAUUGCAUUAAAUUUGGCAUGCAAAUCAGGCUAAACUAAAAUAAUAGAUCUAUUGCUUUAAAAAAAUGCUGAUCUCAAAUUAUAAGAUAAAACCGAGAGAACAGCUUAUGAUUAUUGCAAUUAGGAAACUAAGUUGUACAUUGAAUAAACGAAGAAGAGCAAUCAAAUGAAAGAUUAAUUAAGGAGUGCAGAUGAUUUUAUUCCUCCUAGACCCCCAAUCGCCAAAGGGUUCAUAUAUAAAACAGGAUAAAUGUUGGUCACCCUAAAUGAGAGGUUUUUCGUAUUAAAUCCUGAUGAAGGAACUUUCAUAAGGUUUAAGAAUAUUUCAGAUUACCCUCUAAAACCAUUGUAAAUAUAAUGAAAUUAAUAGAUUUAAGAGAGAUCAUCCCUCUGAGGAGUGUCAAGAGUGUGCUUAUGACUCAGAAGGGAUUUAUAUCUAAAUCAGGAUAUCACUAUUUUGAGUUGUUGUAUUCAACUAGAAUUAUUCUGGCAUGUAAACACGAACAUAUAGCUAAAAAGUGGGUGGAGUACAUUUACAAAGCAACUGUUUAUUAUCAAUACUUAGAAGAAAAAAUGAAAGAGUAAUUAAUUAUAAUAUGAAAGAGGAUCUCUAGAUCCAAAUUUAAUUGAUAAAAAUACUGAAGUUCUAAUUGAAGACACUAAUGCAAAAGCUCCUUCCUCUGAUCCUCCUCCAAAACAGAUAUCACCUGAACAAUCUAUAUCAUUACCAAGAGAUGAAGCUUCUAUAAUUUAAAAACGAUUAUCGAAUCCAGAGCCUGUUCAUAGGUAUAGUCAAAGUCCUCCCAAAAACUCAGAAAUUGAAUAGCCAAAAUAGAUAUCUUAAUCUCAACAAUAAUUAACAUCAUCAAUUAUGGAGAGUCAAAAUGAAUUGCUUAAGGAUAGUAAGGUGAAUUUUGAUUCAUUUGAGAUAAUCAAAGAGUUGGGAUCGGGAGCCUUUGGAAAAGUGUUUUUAGUUAAACAUAAGGCAGAUGAUAAAAUAUAUGCAAUGAAGGCACUUAAAAAGAAGACUCUAAUUUUGAAAAAGUAAAUAAAGUAUGCAAUUACCGAGGCUAAUGUUUUAAAGAUGUGCAAACACCCAUUUAUUCUUGGAUUACAUUAUGCAUUCUAAGUAAUAAAUUAGUUUAUCAAUCAGACUCCAAAUUAUUUGUAUCUGGUUUUAGAUUAUUGUAAAGGAGGUGACUUAUCCUACCACAUAGCCAAUUUAGGGAAGUUCUCUGAAGAUACUGCCAGAUUCUAUGCUGCUGAAAUCCUAUUGGCUAUUGAAUAUCUUCACACUAAAGAUAUAAUCUAUAGAGAUAUGAAACCAGAAAAUAUAUUGCUAGAUAUGAAGGGCCAUGUCAAAUUAGCAGAUUUUGGAUUAUCAAAGGAAGGUGUUUCUGAUUAGGAUAAAGCAAAGAGUUUUUGUGGAUCUCCUGCUUAUCUAUCACCUGAUAUUCUAAGUCAAAAAGGAGCAGGAAAGCCCAGUGAUAUCUAUGGAAUUGGAUGUGUGAUGUAUGAAAUGAUGACUGGCGAAUCUCCAUAUUAUAACGAUGAUAUACAACAAAUGUAUAAAAACAUACAAAGUGGAACCUUGAAAUGGCCAAAGAAAAUGUCAGUCGAAGCCAAAAACUUACUUGCUGUAUUAGCAUCUUAUCUAUGAAUAGAAAAUGUUGGAGAGGGAUCCAAACAAAAGAAUUGGAACGAAAUCCAAAGAUGAAAUUAAGUAGGAUCCCUUCUUCAAAGGAAUUGACUGGGACAUAGUUUAUAAACAAAAAUAUAAUCCUCCAAUCACUGACUUCUCUGAAAUGCAUGAUGAUGAUGACCAAUAAGAUUUCGACGGGGAUGAAUUAGGAUAUAAUGGAAAAGUUACUAUUAUUGAUUAUCAUUUAGGCUAUCUUCUAGGAUUAGGACUAUGAACAAGAAAAUAAUAGGACCAAUAGAGUCAAAAAUUUUAGUUUUGCCACUAACUCAUCAUGA